AUGGUGUCUAAUAUCCCAAAACUGCGUCUCUAUAAUGAGGCAUAUACGGUCGCAUUGAUAUGUCCCCUAGAGGUCGAAUUAAGUGCAGCACGAUAUAUGCUUGACGACGAGCAUGCAAGUCUUCCAAGAGACGAGUACGACCCAAAUACAUAUGUGCUGGGAUCAUUGAGUGGGCACAAUGUGGUGCUCGCAUCACUUCCAAAGGGGUCACAGGGUAUAGCGUCCGCAGCAACUGUCGCCAUCCACCUGGUCCGAACUUUUCCAGCGAUCGAGCAUCGUUUACUGGUAGGUAUCGGCGGGGGUAUCCCCAGCAAAGAUAAUGAUAUUCGUCUUGGGGACGUGGUCGUGAGUGCUCCCGACGGCAUUCUGGGAGGGGUUGUUGAAUAUGAUUUGGUGACGGAAACCACAAGCGAGUUCAGGAGGAUGGGGAUAUCUUGUCCUCCGCCGACUGAGUGGAGAGCGAUGAUGACGACGAUGCAGUCGGACCAUCGUGUUCGGUCAAAUCGUAUCGCAGAGUUUCUGUCGGACAUGCUGCGCAAGUAUCCCAGAUUGGGAGUAUAUCAACGGCCAUUGUCGGAGACCGAUAUUUUAUUUCCAGCGGACUAUAUCCACGUUCAUGAUGGAGGCAGCUGUGUCUCUUGUGACGCAACCAAGGCCGUGCAACGAGAUCCACGAAUACUGCCGAAUGAGUCCCGCGUCUUUUAUGGCAUCAUAGCUUCAGGAAACAAGGUCAUUAAAGAUGGCACAAAGCGGGACAAAAUAGCAAGGGAGUCUGGCGGCGCGAUAUGUUGCGAGAUGGAGGCUGCCGGGAUAAUGAACCAGUUUCAAUGCAUUGUCAUCCGUGGGAUUUCCGAUUAUUGUGACUCUCACAAGAACGAUGACUGGCAUGCUUAUGCUGCAGGCGCUGCUGCAGCCUUAGCGAAAGAAGCCCUGAUGUACAUGGAGCCU